AUCAUUAUCACGCUAACUAAUGUCUUCCUCUCCCGUACACUACAUUCGAACCAUCCAAACCUCCUUCACGUCCGCCCACCCUCACUCCUCUCACUCGAAAUGGGCCGCAGCUCGUUCUGCUCAUCACCCACAUGCGAACCUCCUGCUCAAUAGCCAAUACCACCACCAACAGCAACAACAACAACAACAACAGUUGCCCCCGCCCUCAACACAAAAGUACCCUCCUGGCCUAAUCACCACGCCAGUCGUAGGAAGACGCCGCUCGUCAUCCAUCCGCAGACCAGCCUCAUCACAACUCUCCGCCACUCCUUCCUCCUCUCUCACUUCUCCUAAAUCAUCUCCAUUCAAAUUCGACCCCUUCGCUGACGACCCCACUCCAUCCCCCGCCCCCCAACUAUCAACCACCCGCUCAGGGGCCUCAUACAAAACCUCACCUACGCCUAAUAAUUCACGCCCACUCACACCUCCUCCUGCCCCGCAGCACUACACCAUCCAAAUACCCGCUGCUCCCACCCAGCGCCGUAGCUCCCCUCCAGUUACAGACAGAGAUGCAAAAGCGAAACUGGUAGCUGGCAUCCUGCUUAACCGCAUCCACGCAGUGGGCCGCCCACGUAGGCAGUUCUCCUAUGCGAGCGAACAGCCAAAGGUGUACGUUAAGAGCGGGCUUUCGAGCGUCGUCAGCGUCGAGGCGUAGGCUAAGGAUGGACGGACGAUCGAAUACCCGGCGGUCACGUGCAUGUAUAUCGCUCCCUCCUCCUUCGAGUUCCACUUCUCUCGUUUCCGUUUCUAUUGCGUUUUUCUAUUGAUUCUUGGUAUCACUAUCGACCUCAUAGCAUAUUAAAACGACCCACCACGACGACAAGCAUUUACUCAUCAUACUCAUCACUCAUCCCAUCACUGUUGUACUUGUAACAUUACCAUAGACUCCCACUUCAAUUGCGCAUAACCUAUCCAUAUAGUACUGCAAUAUACUAGCCAUUGUUAUGUGUUCCACUC